AUGAGGCACCGAAACCAGUGAGCAUCCGCAGGUCGUCCUCCGUGCUCAUUCGCGCCUAUUUGCAAUUAGUUGUCAUUGGAUUGAACAGGAAACUCCUCACACGAAAAACCUGAAAACAUGUGAUAGUGAAAAGCCAACAAACCGCUCGCGCAAAUGGAUCUUCUCUUACAGCUUCUCCCUCGAUCAAAGUCAGAUUUCUGUGGGAAACAAAUAAGGUCAUACGCAUCUCUACUAGUAGAGAAUGGUGAUACCAAAGAGCGGAAGCAUCCUUCGAGGCCCGGGAAAGUUUUGUCUGGAGAUGGAGGGAGACGGCGACGAAGCUAAUAAUAGGAGUGGAAGGAAGCUUCCUGUCGGCAGCAGCAGCAGCAAGGCGGUUUCCUUUCCCACCACCGACAAUCUACCUCCAGCCGGCAAUGACAGCGACACUGCCUUUCCCACUUUGCAAGGGGAAUUACUCGAUACUCCGAGAGAGUUUACCAUCCAUUCGGCCGAUUUGAGUACGGUAAAUCGACGUGGUAUUCAUCAACAUGAUCCUCGAAUGUUUAUGAAUGACAUCGACUCGCCUGUGCACAGCUCUCCCAUGUUUGGGACCAACUCGCCCCCGAUUAAUGGAGACGAAUUGCUUCUUGCCGGCAUGGCCGCCAACCAUGCGUCUCCGGAUGCUGCUGCCAUGUCGCCACCAGCAGUUGCCAAUCAGAACCCGACGCCGACGAAUCAUGCCGCCGAAGCUACUAUUACCAAAGAGAGUCCUACCAACCUCGUCGCUCUUGCCGUGAAUAGCGCUGCUGCGGAGAUUGCCAAUGUGAAUCUGGCAUCGUCGUCGUCAUCAUCCGACGAGGAAUCUGGUGAUGAUAGUGGUGAAGACACGGAGACGGAGUGCGAAGACGACGUUGGAAAGCAGCCUUCGGAGCAUUCCAUGUCGGCAUCCAAGCUCUUUCACAACAAUGAGACCCCUCGAAACGAGCAUCCCGACAAGACACAGCAGGAAUACAUGUACACGAGUAGCAAGGUGGCUUCCGUGGGAACUCAUGCCAUGGAAAAACAGUUUGAAAAGUCGGAGGUAUCACCCAUGUUUGCAUUUGAUAUUGGAAAUCAUCAUGACGACAACAGCCAAGACUAUGUCCAAACCCAACUGGAUAAUGAUGAUGAUGCGGAAGCAGUGGCGGUACCCAUAGACAUGGAUCCCGAAGCGGAGGUUGUGGAGGAUACUAAUCCUGACGACGACGAGAACAAUACACAACCAUCACCCAAAAAGAAGAGAGGCCGGCCGAGAAAGGCAGCCAGCACUGGCAAGAAAAACAAGAUAGAACAGCAAAAGCAGGAUCCAACUGUCAAGAAAAAGAGGGGUCGGCCCAAAGGCAGCAAGAACAAGAAACGACCUCGAAAUGUGUCGGAGACUACGAGUACUAGCGAGCAGGACCCAGUAGACUGUGACAAGCAAGAUGAGAGCGGUGAGAUCCAAGAUGUUCCUUGCAUAGAGACAACUACUCAACAACCUGCCAAAAAGAAACGGGGGCGAAAACCUAAGAACAGUGUCACCAAAAGGAGGGGGCGACCACCCAAGGACAAACCUGGUGAUGAUGUCAAGCAAGCUCCCAAAAGAAGGGGUCGGCCCAGGAAGAAAGUGGUUGACGUCGUUCCGACAUAUAUUGGGGAUGAUGAUGAUGACGGCGACACUGAUGAUGUAAGCUAUGUGGAUGGUGGCACCGCUCCAACGGGAAACGUAAGAAAGGGCGUUCUGAAGAAGGGUAUAAAGAAAAGAAAGAAAGACCCGCCCCAACACACAUCCGAGGAGGUAGCAACGAUGCCAUACGCGAAGGAAACUGAUCGGGCGAUAGUUACGACUGAAAAGAUGAGAGACGAGGAGGAUGCUACGACGGAGGCGGCGGAAACCAGUCUUACUGAAGCCACUUUUUUUGAAUCUGCAGCAUUGGAUCAGGGGAUGACCCCUGUUGAUAUGACGGCCAAACAGAAAACUCCAGCAUCUACCCGCAGGGGUCGAGUCACGCGCUCAGCAUCAUCGCGGAAACCUGCUCAGUGCAAUUUCAAAUCACCGAACGAAGAAAUGUUGUUGGAAGCUGCUGCCAAGUUAAAAUAUCCUUCCGAAUCCCCUUCUCGGACAUCUCGCACGAGCAACCAACCAUUGCAAGAUACAUCUACGCAUGUCAGCCAUAGUUCCGGUGAAUCUCAAGCGGGUAAUGCAAGCAUCCAAUGCAACGAAAGCAACAAUGAUCUUCCGAUGUCAGACUCCACGCAAAAUGGUGUCCUUGAUGAUCGGCCAGAACGCAUCGUCAAUCCCCUGACAGAUUUUACUCUUGCGGUUUCCGAGGAAGCAGCAUCUCUUCCGCCCGAUUCUGCUGACCUUGCCCUGGCAAUGGACAUCGAAUUUCCAAAGCCAGACACGUUUCCAAUUGCCUAUGUUGCUCGCAAUCUGGGUUUUGACAUGCCCCUGCUGGAUGUGGACGCCGAGGAGCUCCCCUCGAUAAAAGAGGGCUCUCAGUUUCACCGUAGAAGAGACGACAAUAUCCAAUCCAUUCCUACGUUGGGAACUGCAUUCCCGACGUGGGAAGCGCAACGUUACGCCACCGGAAAGAAUGCUCUGGGAGAUGACAAGGAUCCUUUGUACAAUCUUCUAAUGAACAAAAACUGGAACGAGCAGGAAGAAUUUCCCACGGAUUGGAUCCGAAUUAAGGAGAAGGAUGCGACGCACAUUGCAAGCCGUUGCGUUGAAGUUUUUCAGCAGCACGGCCUCCUUGGGGCCGAUAUGGAUGUCAAAAAAGUGGUGCCGACAAAGCAAUCCGGGAGAGGCAAAAUGUGGGCCUUUAAGGACCUAAAAAAGGAUUUGACUUACCGAUUCUGGGUUGAAUCAAGCCAAGCUGAAUCUGGGACUGCAACCGGGGUUUUUAUUGAGGAUCACCGUCGCUUCAAAGACAAGGACUAUAUGAUUGAAAGAUCAGAUCGAUUCUAUGAUACCAUGCUCCUUGUACUUACCUACGCCAUCAUGUUAGACCACGCGCGAGAAUGCAAAGCAAGGUAUGCGAAUCUUAUUGUGCAGAAAUCGAUGGUGGACAUCAUCACGACGCUAUUUCGGAUGGAAAAAGUGGGACAUACCAAGCAACAAGCAAGAAUGGUGUGUGACCUCAGCAAGUGCAGCACGAAGUACGCCGCGCUUGUCCUCCAAAAGAAAUACCGAGAACCCCCCUUGCAAAGUCCCCCAAAGACAGAACGAAUGUUCGUGGCACUUUCCAGCCGUCCACUGGACGAAGUCAAAAGCAACUGCAGUGUGUUCACUGGUGCUAUGAAUGGUGCCCGCCAAGCCUUUGUUGGACUUCGUGUGAAUCUGCAUGGCUCAACGGUGCACUUCACCGACGCUGAAGGUAACGAGGAUCGCCUCGUGGACACUUCUGACUGUUCUCAAGACCUCAGUUGGAAUUUGCUAAAGUCCUUUCGAGUGCGAUCUCAGACUGUAUCUGCAGUUGAAACGGCGCAAUCGUCUCGACCGGACGAGGACGAAGUUCUGGAUUUGCUCAGACGCAAGCAGAAGGAACUUGCUGACCUUGAGAAUUCCCUUGAACCCCAGUGUCAUUGCCUUUUGAGCAAGUUGGUGGAAGAGCGCAGAGCUCACGAAGAGCGCAAAAAAGAAAGGCAAGAAAGGGAUCGCGAAAUCAUGGAAUUGUACAAGAGGACGUUGAACCGGAAGGACGUCGCCGCGGCCUACAAGCAGCUCAAUGACGAUAUGGAAGCAGUAUGUAUGGUUUGCAAUGACGGGUCUGUGACACACAAGAACAGGAUUGUGUUCUGUGAUGACUGUGACCUAGCUGUUCAUCAACACUGUUACGGAAUCGACAGGGUGCCCGAAAAGAAGUGGUUUUGCAGUCUUUGCACCGCCAAGCGUAACGGCUGGAGGCUGCCGGAGGAAGGCCUCCCGAGCUGCUCUUUUUGCCCUUGUUCUGGGAGGAAACUGGGAGGGUAUCAUCAUGUUGCAACUCGGACGCAAGAUCAAAAGGCGUCGACAAAGUGGGUACAUGCUCUCUGUGCAAAGUGGCAGGGUAUUAUUCCCAUUCGCGACAAAGAAUCUGGGUGCUCCAUCUACAUUGCUCAUUCUGACUUUGUCGCCAAGUACCGCAGGGAAGGAACCACAUGCUGUUUGUGCCGAAGUGAUCGGGGCGCGUUCGUACGGUGCAAAGUUUUUGGUUGCAACAAUCAUGUGCACGUUAGUUGCGCCAGUCAGUCACAGCAGUGCAACAUGAUUCACGGUGAAAGAGCCCGCGGCCAAGCUGCCAUGUGUGAUCCGUGGACGUUAACUUGUCCCGAGCACUCGGACAUUGCUGCUCAAGGAAAGGGAGUGUCUCUCAACGAACUAAUUGAACAAGCUCAGCUCUACGAGUCAAGAGCCCAGAAUGCAGCUUUUGACCGCUUUGGAACUCCCGCAAAGACUCGUCGCAGGAGCACACCGAAGUCCCACUCCUUUGCAAGCUUAUCGAGCCAAAAACAAAAGGAGAUGUUGUGUGAUAGCAAUGGUGAGCAAGCAUUCCUUCAAGAAAUGCAGAGUUGUUUGGCUGGGGCUAGAUGUGAUGUCUGUGACGUAGACUACGGGGAGGAGCUGCAGAGAUGCUUAUCUUGCCGUGCUCUACUUUGCCAAUACUGCACGGAGACUUCAGAGUCAAAUUAUCUUCAGACUGAAGGGUUUCGAUGUGGCGGUUGCAACUUUAUGGCGAAGCAAGCUAAGGAAACCAAGUCGCCAACAAACCCCCAAUGCAGUGUCUGCUUCCAAAAGCAUGGAUGGUUGCGAAAGGCAAAAGCCGAUCCAAUGCCCAACAAGCUAAAGACGUUAAAGAAAAAGGGGUUUGAAGGAACCCUUUUUGCCAAAGAGCUCUGGUGCCACACUCUCUGCGCUCGGAUGUUCCUUUCCCUUGAAAAGCAAGACACCAAGGACGGCGAGGUGGACCUCUCCUUGGCUAUCUUAUCAAAUGGAAAGAACUUUAUCCUUCCAGCAAAGGUGUGCAAUCUUUGCGGGAAUUCUGGCGGCAUGAAAGACCCUUGCAACAACAACCGUUGCAGGCAACCUGGUAGAGGUCGCCGAGGUCCUUUUUAUUUCCAUGCAACCUGUGCCCGACAAGCAGGGUUCACUGCGCGCCCACGUGAUAUUCAAACUUACAAGAACUUCGAACUCUAUUGUUUCCGUCACAGCGUAACAACAAACAGCUUAAGGGCGAAGAUUGAGGACCUUCUCGACACGGAAACAUCUCGCGUAGUUGACUAUGGAUCAGAGGAACCUCUUACCAAUGCCUUUGCAUCCACUAUUUUGCGAGCGUCAAUUGAGAUUCUUCGCAUCCUUGGCUGGUCGUGGGCCUGGGAAGAAUGGUGGGUUAAAUGGAAUUACAACUGGGAGCCGUUUAUUGCAGAGUACAAGGUCAGGGAAGGGAAGAAAGAAGAGGAUCUCACCGACGAAGAGAAAAGGAUAUUUCACAGCACCGAAGAGAGCCGCUUGGCUGAUGCGAAGCAGUGUUCUCUCGCCAGUUUCGGGGCUGCUCUAAGGAAUCGAAACUAUGACGUACCUGAUGGAUUCGAUAACGAGUCCUUCGAACGGGCGUUGAGGGCCGUGCUGAAAACGCCAAGUGUUGUUGGUCCUCUGCGCAACGACCUUUUUAAUGAACUUGAAUUCUUGGUGGAAUGGCUUGGAAGGGCGUAUCGAUCCAAGUCGCGUGAUCUUGGGUUCGGUGAUCACAAGAUAGAAUGCGGCGACGCGAGUUUCUUGUUCGAGAGCACGCGGGCAAACAAACUGCCAAAGUUUGAGCUAGGUAACAGGCCUCUUCCGGGAAGGAUAGAGCCGGCGGCGAGAGCUGUUCGUCGUGUGCAGGAUACACCGGCAGAUCAACCGAAGGUAUCUCUGGAGAAAUCGCCGCAAGUCUGUAAUGAGAGAUUGUCUUCGAAGAUGCCGUCGAAGGAUGACCCAAGUAUUGAUGUGCAGCAGGCUUGUAGUGCCAUGGUGCAAGUCAGUGCGGUCACGUCAAAGAAACCUGAGUCGGAAAAACGUACUACAAAGGCCGCCGAAGGGGAUGCGUGUACUCCUCGUCCAGACGACCAAUUUGAAGCAAUGCCAGAAAGUUGCCCCAAGCUGGCGUCGGCCGAAAAGGCCAGCCCGUCUCAAUGCAUGGAAAAUAGCGAAGGGACAGAGAUUGCCGAGUCGACAGAGAAGGCGGCUGGGAGGGAAGCGCAGCCAUCUCCCACGGAGCCAUCUCCCACCAACAUUCCAAGGAGCUCGCCUUCAGAACCAUCGGAGCUGCAACAAAACAUGGAGCAUGACGACGGUGCAACAACCGAAACCGAGGCUACCUUCCAAUUAGACCUUGGCAAGAAAGCAGUUAUUUUCCCCGUAUCCAACGGAGGAAAGCAAAUACCCCGUCGUCGACCGAGAACGAAUGACCAUGACGUCUCCAAAUCGAAGGCGCGUGGCCUACCGGUGUCCAAGAAGAAACGUACACGGGAGGAAACCGACGAAGCACCUUCUGCCGAGAAGGUUGCAAAGCGACUUGCUGGGGGGCAAGACGGGACUCCUUCGGUAUACUCGAAUGAACAUGAUGGUGCAAAAGCUGCAGCUCUGGAGGCUCCCGAGGACUUGAAUAGCUCAGCUAAGAAGCGAUCUCUAGCCCAAUUGGAAUGCGGCGAAGAUCCUCAGAUAGCCACGAAGAUUGAACACGGCCACACCGCUGGACAACAGCACAAUGAUGAUGCAGAAGAAGAGGAGGUGGAAGAAUCUGACCAAGAUGAUGACAGCAGCGACGAAAGCGAGGCGUCUGUGAAAACAUACAAUACCUGCCGGUCUCGAAAGAGCUACCUGCAGAUUGCUACCGCUAAGCCCAAAACGACGUUGGCGGCUUCUCUGGUUGCAGAAAACUCAGGGAAAAAGUUGGUGGGUUUCGCCAGCGGUGCACCGUCGAGCCAAGAGGCCAAUGAGUCAGGAACUCCUGCUAUGAAUCCCCUGUCCAGCGAACGGAUGGCAACAAUUGCUAGUCCUGCGAUGAGAAGUAUGGGCAGUAAGAGGGACAAGAGACCAGCGCAAGUGCAAAGCCCUGCAGCGGCAAGUAGGGCAAGCCUACGACCAAGGAAGCAGAAACCAAUGGCGAGUUUCAAGCCGAGAAUGGAAGACAAGCCCGAGAACACGGAGCUGAAAGAUGUAGUGAAACGGGGCAGCGUUGUUGCUGACGAGAACCACGACGAAACUCAAGCAGGGCUGAAACAUGGAGUGAGUUUCGAGUUCGCUGAUGACGACGACGACGAAGAUGAAGCAGAUCAAUUCAAAAUUGGAGUCCCAGGGAACGGAGUUCUCUCUGAAGAAACCGACAAUAUUGGUGUGAAAGGGGCCGGCGUCCCCGCUGAAGAGCCUGAAAAUGAUGAAGGAGAACUGAAGCUUGGUAUGAAAGGGAACAGCGUUAUCGUUAAUGAGCAUGACGAAGACGAAAUCUACGACGAAGGUGCAACGCACACCGGUCGCAAUAUCGCAGGAAAUUCGGAUGCGGUUUCAGUACUAACUGCAUGUACGCACUUUCCUUCCACUCCGAAUAAGGGAGCAUUUGAUCAGAAGAACGUGGAUGAACAAGUGAAACAGGCUCAGGAGGAUGGAUUCGACGGCAGCGAUGUCAAGCCGGAGCACCUAGCUGGCUCACGAGGCAAUCACAUGCCCAUGGUCUGCAGAAAUUUUCCUCGAAGAUCGUGUCUUCAGUGCAAAGAAAAAAAUCAACAUGGCUGUGCCGAGUGCUUCCUUGUUGCCUUUGAACGAAACUAUGAUGUUCAUGUUGAUCGAAGCGACUUGCCGCUCUAUCUCAGAAACAAGACCAUCCCAAUUUGUUUGAAGUGCUUCGAUGAGUGGCACAAAGAAGGCAUGGGCAUGAAGGCGUCUUAGUUUUCCUUGUUGAUGUCAGUGACAUCCGGAGCAUCCAAUGAUGAGAUUCAAUUCAUCAAUUUUAAUGUAUAUCCUUAUAUGAUACUAAUCUAUAGCCGGCAUUGCUCUGCUUGGCUGCUGUGCUCCAAAGUAAUCGAUACUCAGUAGA